CCAUUUCAGAAGCUUUAGAAUAACCGCCUUUUCUUUUCUUUAAUUCAGAAUCUUGAUUUUAUUUCGAGACUAUUCCAAUUCCCUUUCUUUUCUUUUUAAUGAUGAUUUACAACUGGGUUUUUUUGUGAAACUGACGGCACGGUGGUGGGUGUAUUCUUUUUCUUAUGCUGAAAUUUUAGGGUUUUGUUCUCAAUUUCACGAAUUUCUUUGAUUUAUCAUUGUGUUUCUGGGUUUUGGAUUAACAAGUGGAUAAAGUGAACUAAGCGUGUCUGUGAUGGCUAAAUUCAAUCGGUUUGGGGAAAUGAAAUACAUUCUGGUGCCACGUUUCUUUGAACAUGUGCUUGAUAUUCAGAUUGCAUGUUGCACUGGAGUGAUUGACAUAGCAAAAGGUUGUUAGGGAAGAAUCAAUGAAACCUUGGUUAGCAUGUCUGGAUUAAUUGAAGGUCUUCCGGAUGCUGUUGCCCUUAGGUGCCUAGCACGGGUUCCCUUCUACCUAUAUCCUAAGUUGGAGAUUGUUUCUCAUUCCUGGAGAGCUGCCAUUCGUAGCCCCGAGCUAUUUAGAGCUCGACAGGAAAUUGGCUCAACAGAGGAACUUCUAUGCGUGUGUGCCUUUGAUCCGGAGAAUUUAUGGCAGAUGUAUGAUCCUUUACGUGAUCUUUGGAUUACUCUUCCUGUCCUUCCCACAAAGGUCAGGCACCUUGCUCACUUUGGUGUGGUCUCUACUGGUGGGAAGCUGUUUGUGCUUGGUGGUGGAAGUGAGGAUGUCGACCCUUUGACUGGUGACCAAGAUGGGAGUUUUGCAACUAAUGAAGUCUGGUCAUAUGACCCUGUAGUGCGUCGGUGGGCUCAACAUGCAUCCAUGAUCUUACCUCGUGCUAUGUUUGCAUGUUGUGUGUUGGAAGGAAAGAUCAUCGUUGCUGGAGGUUUCACCAGCUGCAGAAAAUCUAUAUCUCAAGCAGAAAUGUAUGAUCAUGAGAAGGAUGUGUGGAUUCCGAUACCUGAUCUCCACUGCACCCACAAUUCAGCAUGCACAGGGUUAGUUAUUGGAGGAAAGGUGCACGUGUUGCACAAGGGAUUAUCUAAAGUGCAAGUCCUGGACAACGUGUGCUCUGGGUGGACAGUGGAGGAUUACGGUUGGCUCCAGGGUCCAAUGGCAGUUGUACAGGGAGCCCUCUAUGUGAUGAGCCAUGGGCUUAUUUUCAAGCAAGAAAAGGAAGUGAGAAAGGUCGUUACCUCUUCUUCGGAGUUUCGUAGGAGAAUCGGGUUUGCAAUGACAGGAGUGAGAGAUGAAAUUUACGUGAUCGGAGGGGUAAUUGGCCCGGAUCGAUUUAAUUGGGAUAUCAAACCCAUGUCUGAUGUUGAUAUCUUGACGGUUGGGGGUGAUAGACCUACAUGGCGUCAGGCUGCUCCAAUGACAAUGUGCCGAGGAACAAUUUUUGGUUGUACACAGCUAAGAAUUUAGAUCUCAACUCUUCUCUCUUCUUUUUUCUUUUUUUUGGUUUUAAUUUUAUUUAUUUUUAUAUUUAAUAGUUGGCUGAUUUCAUUUUAAGCAGUGUACUGUUGCUGAGGCAUUGAGUUCCCUCCUAUUGGAGAUGAGAAAUGAUAUUUUCUCUUUUACUC